ACAGAGGAGGAGCUUGAACUUUCACCGGUGAUUGUGGCGGAUGUAGUAGACCAACAAGGAAGUUAGCUAGUUUGGGCUGGUACAGCUAGCUAGCAGGCUGUAAAAUAACGAAACUAAGCUCCAAUAAAUAAUUUUCCAAUUGGUUAUUUGUGAAAUAUGUCCAACAACAAUCGAGUGGAUUUACAGGAUGGAAACAUGUCACAAGCUUUGAGAAAAUGACGAGAUGACUUGCCUUACAGUGGCCUGGACAUUUGUGAUAUGUUAACGUUAAUCACAAAAGACAAGUGUGUAAGAUGGACUGAAGGAAUUAGUUAGCUGCAGACUUUUGAUAUGUUACUAGCUGUACAUGUAAAUAUAUGACCAAAAAGCACUGUAAGUUAUCUACAUAUCACUAGUCAACAUGGCCCUACAAAUAAGUUGUUAAUAUUUGCAUGCUCUGUCAUCACUUUUUAAGGUCAAUUCACCUGCACAUACAUUUGAAUGACUAACCACACAUAAACAGAGCUGAUCAUGUCACUAGCAAAGCAGGCACCAACGUGGUUCCCAACUCAUGUCCAAGCCACUGUUCUCCAAGCAACUGACCUACAAGCUAAGGGUAAGCACGGCAACAACGACGCCUACGCUAUCAUCCAGCUGGGCAAAGAGAAGUACUCAACAUCUGUGGCAGAGAAAACACUCAACCCAGUGUGGAGAGAAGAAGCCGCCUUUGAACUGCCUGGUCUGCUUCUGGAGGGCAAUCCAGAAAUCUAUGAAUUAUGCCUUAUCGUGAUGCACAGGUCCCUGGUGGGGAUGGAUAAAUUCCUGGGCCAGAGUACCAUCAAUCUCAAUGAUAUUUUUGAUAACAAGGAGCGAAGGAAAACAGACUGGUACUCCUUGGACUCCAGGCCAGGGAAGAAGAGGAAGGAGAGAGGGAAGAUCCAGGUCAGCAUUCAGUUCAUGAGGAACAACAUGACGGCCAGCAUGUUUGACCUCUCCAUAAAGGACAAGCCCCGCUCGCCCUUCACCAAACUCAAGGACAAGAUGAAGGGGCGCAAGCACGACGGUGGUCUCUCCGACACCACCUCAGCCAUCCUGCCCCGCUCCGCCAUGUGUGACUCGGAGACCCUUCGCCAACCCAGUGCUUCUGACCAUCAGCCAGAGCCCAAGAUCAAGAGACACCUACUGGCCGGCUCCCAUACGCUCUCUGCAGCCCGCUCCAUGUCUGACCUCAUUGGCACUCACUUCCGCCCCAAGCUGGACUCUAGAAACUCCAUGGAACAGCUGGAGAAAGAGAGUGGUGCUGCCCCUCACAGGCGCUCCCAGGGCGAGGUGCCAGGCUACCAGGACAGCGAGGGGCAAGGUGAUCCUUUUACUCAUAUCAGCGACGGCUUGCCGCAGAAGUACGCCACCCUCCCACGCAACCGCAACCCGUUCGAGGGGGAGCAGGGCCAGCUGUGGGACCGAGGGGAGAAAAAGGAGAAGAAGGAGAAGGUCAGCCUGCUGGAACGUGUGACCGGGAAGAAGGAGGGACGCAAGACAAACAACGGGGGGCGUUCGGGCAGCUCUGGAGACCUGCGCUCCAGCAACCCAUUCAGCAGCGACUCUCAGGGAAACACCCAACCAACCAACCCCUUCCUCUCACACAAAAAUACAAGCGAUAAAAAUCCCACCACUAAUGGAGACAUCCGAAAGGCAAGAGAGAACCACGGAAAGAAAAAUUUCACUGUGAGUGUCAUUAAACUAAUGAACAGCGGUCAUCAUCUGACCCGGCUCAUCAUUUGAAACAGUGCGAGUUUCAGUCUCUAAGGAGACGAUGCAGACGAGCGCAGCUUCCUAUAGCAACUUAUCUUUCGACGAGGUGGUGCAUGAGCUCAUCAAGCAGAAGGGGGUGGUGAAAAAGAAGGACGCCCAUAUCCGUGAACUGGAAGACUACAUUGAUAACCUGCUGGUGCGCGUUAUGGAGGAGACGCCGAGCAUCCUACGGACACCCUACGAGCCCAAGAGGAAAGCGGGGAAAAUCUCCAAAAAGAACUAGUGUCAAGGUAGAGUUAGGGGUUCCAACGAUAUGCUCUUGUUUCAGUGAGGGUCCAUCCUAGCCAUUGUGAAAUGUAUUGUGGGUAUAGAACAAAAAUCAAGAGAAGGGGAUUGACCCAUGCCAAAUCACCAUUUUUAUUUUUUGAAUUUUUAUUUUAAUAGGUUUUGCAUGCUUUGAUUUGAGUGUACACCAGUUUCCCCAUCAAUUUUAUUGGGAAGUGAAGUACACCCGACUACAUAAAUAUCUGACAAUUUGACUUGCAUUUUAACAAACCCCAUGGCUUUCCCAUAAUUAUAGAAAUACUAACCUGUGAAUCAGUUCAGUUGUUGUGUAAUGAUCCACUCAUCCUUUUUUUGUUUUUAUACCUUUUGCUCUGUUCUUUGCAUGAUAUUCCUUUGUUUUCCAUAUUCAGCCGAAUUGAAAGAAUGUGAAAUGGCAAUGUCUCACAGAUCCAUCAGAACACCUUAUAGCAGCGACCAGUGGGAUAAGAAACAAAACUAGUGGGUUUAUGCCACGCGUGACCGUUUCUUCAAGGUGUACACGUUUUCACAAUAGUUUAUACAAUAGACCUGUGCACUUUCACACACGUAUAACAUGGGGGGGGGGGAACACAGACAGCUUCUGAGGCGAUUGUGUGCACAUGGAACCACCAUCAAGCUAGAUUUGCAUUUUAACACUAAGGCCAUAAAAAUUUAAUUAAAUGUUUAAAGGAUGGCCCACUUCACUUUAGAAAAAAUUAAAAAGAGAUUAGGUCCUACUGAAGAAAUUGCAUGUUUUGAUCAAAAUAAUGCCCCCCCCCCACUAAAAUCACUUAAUCAUUUGAUUAGGUCGCUAGGGUGUUGAACUAAGGUUGCUGUAGUAUUUUAAAGGGGUUAUCUAGUACUUUUUUGUAUACUUUUUAGCUAGUCAUUCUAAAAGUAGCACUCACAAGCCAAAAGUGGUCCUUGAAAAUGGCCUUCGUCUCUCGCUCUGCUAUGUGUGCAUCAUGUGCAUCUUGCUAGCUGUCAUUCAUAUGGCGAGGUGCUAAAGUUAACUUGUUGAACUCGUGCUGCUAUAGGGGGCUAGCCCAUGUGGGGGGAAAUGGUAUAGCACAGUAUAAAGAAAAACUAGGGAUUUCAUGGCUAAUUGAAGAAAGACAGUAAUUCUGCUUAUAGAUUAUGCAUGUAUAAACUACUCAAUGACAUAUCCAGCCCAAAGUGGGAGGUUUAAAAGAAUACCGGAGCAUGUCUUUAAAAAAGGGGCUACUUAUUUUUUGUUUGUUUUGGCUUGCUCGUCUCACUUUAAAAAAAAUAUAUAUAUAUAUCUGUUUAAUGUUUAAUAAAAUAUGUAUGGCCUUAGUAUUAAAAUGUACCGAACACCGCGUGUUAACUUAUCACACUUGUGUGAAAAAGAAAAGUACAUAGUUUAUUGAAUAGGGUUUGAUAUGCUCAUUUGAAUAGAGCUGUAAUGACUGUUUACACUUCAGACCAAGAUGCAGGAUUAUGACACAAACUCUCACUUAGCCAAUCGGCCCUUUACACGCCUCUUACUGUAGGCAAGGAUUGUGUUGAUAUACUGGAGGUGUGAAUACAAUGUUAUCCGCCUGUCUGUGACAUUGAUCUGAGCCUUUUGGCAUUAGGAUGGUUUGGACCUCUCUCUUGACAUUUGCCAUCUUUGUACAAAAUUAUAUUAUUUAAAGUUAUUCUUAUGAGGGUAUGUACUAAGCACUACUGAAUUCUUACUCAAGACAUUGCAUAUCCAAACACAGAUCUGAAAACAAUGUGACACUGCAUUCGAACUUUGUGACCUUCCAGUGAAAACAAAAAAAAAUAGGUGAACACUGUAUUUUCUCUGGUCGAUUUGAUGAUAUAGAAUGUCUCAGCAUCGUGCUGGUGCAGAAUGUAAUUGAGUGGAGGCAAACUAAAGACACUGCUAUUGAAGCCUCCUCCAGUGUUUACACCAAAGUGAAUUCAUUCAACGAGCUGCCAUUGUCCAUCAUAUCAACUCCAAAGUCAUUGCUUUUGGGUUUGUUAUUUCAGUUCAUUUUUUUUUAUCAUAAGCUAGGUGUCCAUCCAAUUAGCGACAGAUUUUCAUUUGAAUAUUCAAAAAAUGUGCAUAAAGACAAUAUACAUGUUUUCCCACCAGAGAUGUUUCCAUCAAAUGGACUUGCGGAUAAAAGGCUCUGCACGAUGACGCAAUGCACAUAAAAAUACAUUUGGCGGUUAAAUUCCCAUGUACCGAAUACAAGUUAAAUGGGUUUCCACCGCAUUUUCAACUCUACUGAUGGUUUUCUCUCAGAAAGAAAUGGUGUGUUUUAUACACCGAGUGUGCCCACUCUGGUUUUGCGACAUGCGCUCUAGCCAACAGCUCACAGAUCCAGUGUGGAUACAGCCUACAUCAGGGAUGGGCAACUUUGACUGCGAUCAAAACAUUUGUGGCUCCCUCUUGACAGCGGAGAUAAAUUUGUGCGAUUCUACACAUUUUGCCAUGGGGUGUAGAGAAAAUGUUGCAGUUUAAAAGCAAGUUUGCUGCAAUUCUACACAUUUUGCCAUGGGCGGAGAGAAAUGUUUGCCGUUUUUAAUAUGAUAUGAGUGAGACUAAUUAAAUCAUUGGUGACCCCCCCCGGCCGGUAAUUCGACCAUGAUAAGUUUGCCAAGUUAGCUGCCCGCUAAAUUAUCUAAUCAACUUGUUUUUGUUGCUGACAUGGGUUAAGUGACUAUCAGUGACUGACAUAACAAGAGAGAAACUGAUGCACAACCAAGUUUCGAAAUUGCACCUUGUAUUCUACUAGUCUAACUCGCAACAGUAAAUUGAGACCCCGACUGAGUUCCUAAAACGUUUUAUCGAAAGUUGCCCGUCCCUGGCCUGCAGGAGAUUAUGGACAAAAUCAUGUCACCAGAAUAAGACCCUCGCUAUUUAUUUAAAAGGAGAAUCAAGCUCAUCACCUUGCACUUUCACCACCCUGUGAAGUUCCUCAUAAUGGAUUUAAUCUGUAGCCUAAUAAACUGCUUGCUUUCCUGACGAGUCAUAGUGGGAGGGCCACACGUGCCAUCGCGUGACUCCCAAGUUUACCUCGGUGUGAUGGUUAUUAUAUCAGUAUUUGCGCAUAAAAGAGUUUCCUCCGACAUUUCUUGCAUAAUUAAUUUCACCGACAAAAAGAUCCCACCUUGUCUAGCGUAUUUUGUUUUGUCGACAUUUGGAAAGUUUACCGACAAAUGUUCUGUUUCCAUCAAGCCUGUUACUCGCAUCAAAAGGUUGGAUGGAAACCUGGUUACUGACCCGUGAUGACUGUAUUUAUCUUUAAGGCCAAAUGCAUUGUAUGCCCUUUAUUUACAGUCAAUGUAUGGCCCAUACAUUGUCAUUCAAAAAUAAGUAUAAACCAUUGGUCAAUUAGUUCUAGCUUUACUUUACUGGUACUGCUAAGUGCAAUAAAUAUAAUUUAUCGACAUGUUUAAUAUUCAAUUGGUGUCCAUCUACAAAUUCUCUAAAAAAAAAUUAUAUCAUUAUAUUUUGUACUCAAUUCGAACAUGUCAGAAUGACAUCCGUUCUACACUUGUGAUCUGUCAUUGUUUGUCUACAGAGAAAAAUUGGAUUCCUUUAGGUACAAGUGGUUCAGUUUGUAGAUUUACUGAUUCUUGUUUGAAUUAUUUGAAGGAAAUAGAAUCACGGUGUGUUGCUACAUAGUAAUGCAUUUGCUGGCUGACUUUGUUUAUUUUGUUAAAAUGUUAGCCUUAGCACUUUGAUCCAUAAAUGAGCAGUGUAAUUGCUUUCCAGAAAGGUUAUUGGUAAUAUUUUGCUUGUAAUACACUGUACUAACACAUCUACAAAUCAAACUAUCAGGACAGAUUUUAACAAGGGCCUAUGUUAACCUGUUGUAAAAAAAUAUAUAUGUGUGUGUGUGUGUGUGUGUGUGUGUGUGUGUGUGUGUGUGUGUGUGUAUAUUUUUUUUUUUGACAUUUUGUAUGUUUUGCUAAAUAAUUUGUCAUACAGCCUUCAAACUGUCCAAAGUAUGGCCAAAAAUAUAAUAUAUCAUGACAGUUUUAUGAGAUAUGUUACCAUAAAUAGUUCUGACAGCAUAACAAACAGUAUCAGCUUGUCAAAAAACAGACCACUCUCAAUUUGUUUGUCUCCAUGACAUUUUGUUUCAAUAACAACACUGUUAUGACAAAUAUUUGUUCUACACAGCUUACACAAAUUCUGCUAUGACCUUUAAGGUUAAGUAUCAAUGUACAGUACCAGUCAGAAGUUUGGACACCUACUCAUUCCAGGGUUUUUAUUUUAUCUUUGUAAUAGUGGAGACAUAACUAUGAAAUAACACAUAUGGAAUCAUGUAGUAACCAAAAAAGUGUUAAACAAAUCAAAAUAUGUUAUAUUUUAUAUUCUUCAAAAUAGCCACCCUUUGACUUGAUGACAGCUUUGCACACUCUUGGCAUUCUCUCAACCAGCUUCACGAGGUAGUCUGCAUUCUGCAGCGAUACGCCAUCCCAUCUGGUUUGCACUUAGUCGGACUCUCAUUUGUUUUUCAGCAGGACAAUGACCCAACACACUUCCAGGCUGUGUAAAGGCUAUUUCACCAAGGAGAGUGAUGGAGUGCUGCAUCAGAUGACCUGGCCUCCACAAUCACAUGACCUCAACCCAAUUGAGAUGGUUUGGGAUGAGUCGAACUGCAGAGUGAAGGAAAAGCAGCCAACAAGUGCUCAGCAUAUGUGGGAACUUCUUCAAGACUGUUGGAAAAGCAUUCCUCAUGAAGCUGGUUAAGAGUGUGCAAAGCUGUCAUCAAGGCAAAGGGUGGCUACUUUGAAGAAUCUGAAGUAUUUUCUUAUUUGUUAAUUAAACACUUUUUUUGUUUACACACGUGAUUCCAAAUGUGUUAUUUAAUAGUUUAUGUCUCCUCUAUUGUUCUACAAUGUAAAAAUAAAGGAAAAACCCUUGAAUAAGUAGGUGUCCAAACUUUUGACUGGUACUGUAUGUGUUAAGCAUAAAGUCUCCCGCUGUGUAUGUUGUCAUAUUUCUGAGUCUACCAUUAAUGAGAUAUGUUACCAUAAAAAAAAAAGUUGCUACUGAACUUUCUUAAAACAGUGCUUUGUGAAAAAGGUUACUUUACGUAGUUAUUACUUACUUAUUCCACUGUCAGUAGGUAAAACGUAUUACUGUGUUACCAAAACGGUUUCCCUCUCUGAGUUUACUUGCUUUCAUGGAGCUAAUGUCAGUGAUGACAAACAUGUCUCACCUAAUUAGCAGAAAGUUUAUAUUCGUCACUUUUUUUUCUUUUAUCUGUACACUGUUGUGCCAUCUAUAGUGUUCAAUGGUGUUUUAGAUGAAUAGGAUUGUUACUCAAAGUUGUGCACUUACUAAGUGUAUGGUGACCCCUGUUGUGAACUAUGGAUACCUCAGAAGUCUCAACCAGUGAUGACGCUGAGAUGAAGUCACACACAUUUUAAACCAACUUUGUUGCUUCUUCCAGUCUUUUGUUUACUUAAAAAAAAAAAGUCAAUUUUUACAUUCUAAUUUCUAUAUUGUAUAUUUGUAUGGGUAAAGUAGGGUGAAAUAUGGUGUAGUAACUGAAUGACCACAUAUCAAGUCAGGAUACAGUCCGAUUUCCUGUUUGGAUGAUACAAUCUACAUUCUACAAUCUACAUAUCUCGUAGCUUUUUUUAUUUUAUAUAUAUAUAUUUUUAGUAACAAACACCGUUUCCUGCAAAUCCUCCCAAUCACAAUUAACUAGGACAUAGAGAAUUCAAUGGUAUUCCAUAAAAUGCCAUAGCUGCUUUUAGUAAAGCUUGUCCGAGCGAACGUCAAUGAGACCCACUUUUUAUUUUUUUUGUGCCUAUUGUGUAAAAAAUGUUAACCUCUAUUACAUUUUAGUUUAGUUUUUAUUCUUGUUGAUCUUUACCUGAAUCGUCCUACAUCGAAUGUCGUGUAGGUGCCAAAUUGUGCUUUCAUUCAUUAUACUGAUAGAAUUAGGUUUUUUUAAAUAUCAGGUUUAUCCAGACAAAAUACUCAACUUUUACAUUUUAUGUCCAUGCCUUCGUUGUGUCACUAUACAGCUAAUAUUCUGACACUUUCUCCAUGAGGCGGCAGGGUAGCCUAGUGGUUAGAGAGUUGGACUAGUAACCGGAAGGUUGCAAGUUCAAACCCCCGAGCUGACAAGGUUCAAAUCUGUCGUUCUGCCCCUGAACAGGCAGUUAACCCACCGUUCCUAGGCCGUCAUUGAAAAUAAGAAUUUGUUCUUAACUGACUUGCCUAGUUAAAUAAAGGUAAAACAUUUCUUUUUUUAAAUGAGUUACUUCCAUAGCACAACAUUGGUGUACUUUUACUUAGUCAAUUAUUAUCACACUGCAGUUAGCUUUUAUAUCAAAUUGCAUGUCAAAUCAUCUUUGCUUGAUGCAAUUUGGACACAUUCUGUUUAGAGAGCCAUCCCCACAGUGGCUCAUAUUAUAGUACAUUCUGAGAACGAAAAUAUCAGUAUUUGAUCAAAGUCCGGAUUGAUUGUAUAAUAAUACAGGCGGGAAUGUCUCCAAAUGCCUAUUCUUUGUAUGGUGGUGGUGUCACUAUACUUUUCCCUAUCUGUUUUUCCCUUAACCUUCGCUGCUGUUAACUAAGGUGGGCGCACGUUUUCACAAGACUAGCAUUUGAUUUUUUUAUACUUUUAUUCAAAGUUUUAGAUGUCAGGAUGGGUGGGCUUAUGGGUUUGAUGUAAAGAUUGGAUUGAUUAGAAAACUGUUUGAUUGUGAUACUGAGAACAUAUGAAUAUGGUGUGUAUGUUGGUAUACAAGGUAUUAUUUUGGGAACAACAAUGCAGAUGAUGUAAAAAGCAAAGAAUGGCACUGCUUGAUAUGACUGCUUCAAAUGCAUUCGGUGUAUGUAUUUAUUGUCCACCUCUCUCUCACACACACUUGAUAUGACUGCUUCAAAUGCAUUCGGUGUAUGUAUUUAUUGUCCACCUCUCUCUCACACACACUGUCUCCCCAAAAGCUUAUUAUUUUGGCAUGUGGCAUGGAUUUAUUUACAUUAAGAUCUUGGAGUGGAAAUGUGUUAGGAAAUGCCAGUGAUCCAUUGGAUAACAAAAUUGGAAGGCACAAACCAGAAUGUAUUGCUCUUUUGAAAUAAAUACACUGUACUUAUUAAAUAAAAUACCUGUUUUGGUUUUAAUGGA